GGAACUCGCCUGAGCUUUGCGAGGCUGCGGCUCGGCCACUGGCUGGAGGGCGGUAGCCUCUGAAGCCAGAGCCAUCAAACCUGGGUCUCCCGGCGCUGAGCGGCGCCAAAAGCGGAGCCCAGCCGGGGAACUAGUCGCCCAGGGCUGUUUGCUCGUUUGCGGAAAGCGUUUCUCUGGACUCCGUUUAGGACGUAGUGGGGGUGGUGUGGCCGGCGUUGGGAGGUAUUCGAAAGAGAGCUUUCACCUGUGUUCCGAGGCAGCAAGCGGGCGCGGAGGGAGCGGCGGCAGGCUCUCGCUCUAGGCACCAUGGGCUGUACGCUGAGCGCCGAGGACAAGGCGGCGGUGGAGCGGAGUAAGAUGAUCGACCGGAACCUCCGCGAGGAUGGCGAGAAGGCGGCGCGCGAGGUCAAGCUGCUGCUGCUCGGUGCUGGUGAAUCAGGGAAAAGUACAAUAGUGAAGCAGAUGAAAAUUAUCCAUGAAGCUGGCUACUCAGAGGAAGAAUGUAAGCAGUACAGAGCAGUGGUCUACAGUAACACCAUCCAGUCCAUCAUUGCUAUCAUUAGGGCCAUGGGGCGGUUGAAGAUAGACUUUGGUGACUCGGCUCGGGCGGAUGACGCCCGCCAACUCUUUGUGCUUGCUGGAGCUGCGGAAGAAGGCUUUAUGACUGUAGAACUUGCUGGAGUUAUAAAGAGAUUGUGGAAAGAUAGCGGUGUACAAGCCUGUUUCAACAGAUCCCGAGAGUACCAGCUUAAUGAUUCUGCAGCAUACUAUUUGAAUGAUUUGGACAGAAUAGCACAACCAAAUUAUAUCCCAACUCAGCAAGAUGUUCUCAGAACCAGAGUGAAAACUACAGGGAUUGUUGAAACCCAUUUUACUUUCAAAGAUCUUCAUUUUAAAAUGUUUGAUGUGGGAGGUCAGAGGUCUGAGCGGAAGAAGUGGAUCCACUGCUUCGAGGGAGUGACAGCCAUUAUCUUCUGUGUGGCCCUGAGUGACUAUGACCUGGUUCUAGCUGAAGAUGAAGAAAUGAAUCGAAUGCAUGAAAGCAUGAAAUUAUUCGACAGCAUAUGUAACAACAAGUGGUUUACAGAUACAUCCAUUAUACUGUUUCUAAACAAGAAGGAUCUCUUUGAAGAAAAAAUCAAAAAGAGCCCCCUCACUAUAUGCUAUCCAGAAUACGCAGGAUCAAAUACAUAUGAAGAAGCAGCUGCAUAUAUUCAAUGUCAGUUUGAAGACCUCAAUAAAAGAAAGGACACAAAGGAAAUAUACACCCACUUCACAUGUGCCACAGAUACUAAGAACGUGCAGUUUGUUUUUGAUGCUGUAACAGAUGUCAUCAUAAAAAAUAAUCUAAAAGAUUGUGGUCUCUUCUAAGUUUUGCAGUUAAUAGUAAAAUGCAUUUUCAAACCAAAUGAGUACUUAUGUAUGGAUCUCUCUAGACUAGAGUCUUGCAGCAACACAGAAUGUAGUUAUACAGCAGAUGCAUCUGGGAUCUGACCAAAGUGGUUCUGUUUUGUUUCUUUACCUGAAAGUAACAGAAGGACCUUUCUUAAUUGUGAAAUAUGGUCCUGAAUGUGAAAAUGAAGGACAGUGUUAACGCUGGGCUCUAGUAUAUUGAUUUCUGUGUAAGUGUAAAUAUGCAAAUGUAUGUAUAAUGUAUUUAUAACUUUUAUUUCCCACAUUACUUUUAGGUUUAAGAGUGGCAACUUAUAAUUCUAGUGUGAUGGCUUUGGAAAUAACAUAAAUAUUAAGUACCUUGUACUGAAUGACAGACUUUUACUGUAUUUGCCAGUUUUAAAAAGCUUUAUUUAUGUUCAUGUCCUAUAAUUUUUAGAUACAAUAAUUGAUAUUAGAAAAUGUCACAGCCCCUUAUCUUGAUUAUAUGUAUACUUGGAUUCAUAAAAAUGUUAUUUGUACAAACAUUGCACAGACUAUUUUAAUAACAUGAUUUGUUCUUUGAAUUUAAUGUGUUUUAUUGAAACGUUCUUAAAAAGGAUGAGUAUACCUGCCUUUGGAUCAAUUAUUUCAAUAUGUAUGCAUUUUAAUCAUUCUUUUAUUUAAUGAGUGCAUGCUGCUCUGAUUCUACCUUAGAUUUAGUUUGAAAAACUAAAACUUCAGAUUUUUGAGGAUAUACUAUCUUAGACUUAUAAACACAUAAUUUUUAUUCAUUUGGUUUGUUUUCACUUUGAAUUUUAAUAUCUGGAUAGUAUUCAUGCAUUACCUUAAAGGUGAUGCCAGAUUAAUUUUAUACACUUUAAAUAACUACAUUUUUAUUUAUAACUGAGUUUAGGUGGAUGUUGAGAGCAUUUUGUGGGUAAAAAAAUAAUUUAGCAUAAUGAAUUUUGAGACAUUCAUUUGUGUAUUUCCUUUGGGAAAUCCCUUGUACUUAGCAUACAUAAUAGUUUCUUGUUUGCAGGAUAACACAAAAGAUCUUUGAAUACUCUAUUGCUGAUAUUUUAUGUAAGCUUUAAAUUCACACAUGUAACUUGUUUCCAAUUUAAUUAUAACACUAUGUUAAAAUGACUUUUUUUCUUAGAUAUUCAAAUUCUCUUGUUGAAAUUUAUAUUUUUUUCUUUUUAAAUUAUACUGUUAUUUCUGACAAUUAAAUGGACAGUAACAUCUAGAAAAUGAGUAAUAGUAUUUAACAGAAUCAGUGAUUGUGUGUAUGGUCAAAUAAGUGUUACAUUAUCAGCUAGAUAUUGAACAUUGGUAGAAUCAUUUUUCUUUCGAUUAUUUACAAGGUGUCUCUGUGACCUUGUUUUAACCAAAUGAACACCACUCCCUGCUCCCGUUCCCCCGCCCCCUGCUUUUUUUUUUUUUUUUACUCAUCCUGAAAAACUAAGUCUUUCAGUAAGUGUUGCUGGUAAGUGGUUCUUGAGUUUAGUUAUGUGUUGUCAUUUUGUUCAAGUAUGUUUGUUGAAGUAUGUGUAUAUGUGUGUGUAUGGGUAACCAUGAACUACAUUCAUAUCUGUUUCAUUAGGGGAUUUUUUUUCCUUCUUUGUAAAGAAAUUCAAAAUUAGCGAAAUUCCUUAAAUGUGUUAGUUUAGAUUCUUUAUGUGCCUUUCAUGAAAGAUAUGUUUUCAUUAAUUUUACUGAUGGAAGACCUGUAAGAUCCACAUUGUGAAGCUAUCUAUGAAAUUUAAAUUAUGAAUAAAUUUGAAUGAUGAGGAAUAUGGUUUUAAAAGCCACAAAGAAGCACAUACUGGUGACCAUCCUUGGUGAAUUCUUGAACUUUAUUCUCUGUGAUUGUGUUACUAAUAAAUCCUAAUAAAUCUAAAUUUUUAAAAUUUUACAAACCUGUUGGCUAAACCCAAUAUGCAUUAGAAUUUAAGUAUCAUUAUAUUGUAUAUUCAUUUCUUCUUUCACAGUGCUCUUUUUGCAAUUCUAUUUCAGAAGCUUGAGUUUACCUGCCCCACUUGUUCUCAUAUUGAAAUAUGAUGCCAUGUUUGGGAUUACCUGCUUGAAAGUCUUUUGAGAAUUCGUCACCUGCCCCAGCUCAGUGUGCCCCAAACUAAAUUCAUCAUCAUUCUCCUCCGAAUCCAGUUGUCACCCUUUAUUUUGAUAUUUUAGCUACUGCUGUAGUUUGGAUGUUGAGUGUCCCCCAAAAGUCCAUCCUUAAAGUCACGGGUCUCUGGAUGGUGCUAUUGGGAGGUGGUAGAAUCUCUGAAAGCUGGGUACUAUUGAGAGGUCCUUAGUCAUUUGGGGCAUACCCUCAAGGACAUCUUUUAAUGUUUUGGGCUUUUUUAUUUUGUUUUUCUGUUUUCCAUUCCCAUAGCAACCUGAUGAACUCAGGUCUUUGCUGAACUUCCCAAUUGAGAUGACAAACUAAAUUAAAUUCCAUCUCCCACUUCUUCCUCCUCUAACUCAGAUUAGUUAAUAAAGAGCUGUGACUGUUUUGCAUUCUGUGCAGUCACCUGCAUUGUCUCUGACAUGUCAAUAAAAUGAAAUAUAACUUAGCCUCCCAUUCAGUGCUCUCCAUCAUCUGAGCCCACUUCAUUACUCCCUGUUCUCCUCCUAUACUACAUCCAAGUAGUGCUCUGUUCAUCACCCAGGCUCUCUCCUCUAAGAAUUAUACCACAUGGUACAUGUUAUAUGCUUUGAAACUGCCUGGUGCAUAUGAAGUCUUCAUUCAUAUCUGUUAAUAAUUUUAUUUUAUUCAUCAGUACUUUUGUUUGUGAUACCUCUUUUAGAUUUCACUGGUAUCUGUUCUGUCCUUUUGAGAGAAGUACUUGGUCCUCUAUGUAGAGUUGCCAGUCACAUUUCUCAGUUCCCUGGCUGUACAUGGCAGGCCAGACCGGUCCAAGUUCCCCAAACUGAGUCAAAAGUCCCAAUUUCUUUUUAAUUCCCUUGGCUCAUCAAGUGUAACAAAUGUACCACUCUGAUGGGAAUAUUAAUAAUGGCAGAGGCUGUGCAUGCGUGGGGCAGUGUUAUUUGAGAAAUCUCUGUAUCUUCUUACUCUCACUCUUAAAAAUAAAGACUGAUUUUCUUUUAAAAAAAACCUAUUAAGAAAAGAAAUCCCCAGUUUCCAUUCCUAAAGUCCCUAACACUCUUGUGGUAUCUAUAGUUCCCUUCAUUGUAGUACCUUUCUGAAAAAAUUAUUUUUAUGCUUGAUCUAUUUCAAUCAUGUUUAAUUUAACUGAAAAGUGUUGGAUAGAAUGCAUAUUGGAUGCUUGUUAAAUGCUGACAAUAACUGUGAGACAGAUCAAAGAGGCUCAGAGAGGUUAACUUGAGCAUGAUGAAGGUUUCAAACUUAAGACUUUUAACCCCCUGUCUGCCAGAGGACUCCAAAGAAUGCUUCUUUUUUCCAGAAAAUGUACACGUGAUCUUUCAUCUAUCUCACUCAGCCUUUCUGAGUUUAUUUGAAUUUUACAUUUAAAAAAGUACAUAUUAUGUGCUAUAUCAAAGCUGUUUGUGUUAUCUUACCAUCCAUUAGAUUUUGAAGCUACUUGAGAGCACAGUUAUAUGAAUUUUUAUAUCAUUUUUUGUCUGCAAAACUACCCUUGGUGCCUUGCAUAAUGAAUAUAUUGAAUAAUGUGAUCAAUAUUACAGAUAUUAGCCUGACCGAUAUUGUAGAUGUUUAGCAUGGUCAUUUCUUAGUGUGUCAUUUUGGAGUAGAAAAUAAUGGUGAAAAUCCUAGAUCUCAGCACCCAGAAUGGGUUCAAAUCCUGGUACUCUCUUAAUUGGUGAACCUCAAGCAAGUUAUUUAAUCAUGCUGUACCUCCUUUUUAUUAUCUGAGAAAAAUAGGAUUUAGUAGCCCAUCUUAAUGGUUAUAGUCAGUCUUAAGUUCACAGUGCAUGUGCAGCGAUUAGAAGGAAGCAUGGCAUGUAGUACACUGUCAAUACAUUUUGCUGGUGGUGUCUAUAAAGAAUAUUUGUUUUUACAAUACCUUAGAUGUAAUCUGUAUUUACCAAGAAAGUUACUGAUAUGCAUUUUGUAUGAAAUGCCUCAAAACCAAAAUAGCUAUCACAUUUCAUCUUUAGUUAAAACUGUGGAGCAUCUCACACUGGUAGAGAUACUGGAACAUGUGAAUAAGAGAAAAAUGCAUCAACUUUAGGAUGCUUCCCUGUAAUUUUAAGGUAACCAUAACUAUAGGAAAACUUAUUUUAAUGUUAGUUUGGGAAAUUUUCUUAGUUGCACUUCAAAACCCUGUCUUAACAGCUAAAAUGUAUUUAUAUCAAAAGAGUUUUAUAUUUCACAACUCCACUGGCCUGUUUCCCAGGCAUUUUUUUCCUUAACCAAUAACUGCUUGCUUUGGUGUUUGUUGUGAUUUCUUUUAUUUACUGGGAUUUUUUUAGUUACAUUAGAAGUUAGGAAACACAUUUCAUCAAGUCAAGAGACACCCAAAUAUGCACAGACAGGGAUUGGCUGUGGUUGUACAGGACAGAACUGAGGUUGCUUGACUAGAACAACCCCAGUAUGUGUGAUAAACCUUCUCAAGCACCAUGCAUAAGGUCAAGUAAUUUCCAGCUUCUUUGAAUUUUUUCCCUUCCUCCUGGGUCUUCAUCUAUAAAGGGGAUGAAACACUGUGGUUUCAAAGAGAUCAUUCUUCUGAUUAACAAUGCAUUGUAAUGGAUUUUAAAUGAUAUAAUUUAAGGAAAACAUGCAUCGAAGACUAAUCUAGGCGGGGACUAUUUUAGCCACUUUUAAUAAAGGAAUGUGCUGUUUCUUCCUGAAUGCUACUGUACUGCAUCACUUAAAAGAAGGUACAUAGAGGGGAAUCCCAAGACACCAAAGGCUUUAAUAAACUUCUUUACCCAACUGCAUUCUCUAUGAAGGGUGCUAUGAUGUGUGACCCAAACUGAGUCAAAAGUCAGUGUUCUGGAAACUAAUCCCCAAAUUCAAAUAUGUCUGAUAUUUGAAUGCAGGGUCAGAUAAUAUCAUGAGGGUGGGGCCCCCAUCAUGGGAUUAAUGACUUUAUAAGAAGAAAAAAAGGAGAUCUGAGCUCCAGCACCUGACUGUCUCAGGCCACCACCUUGACAUUGGACUUCCCAGUCUGCAGAACUGUAAGAAGUAAGUCUUUAUUCUGCAUUCCCCCUUCUCAGCAUUCUGUUAAAGUAGCAAAAAGGGUUCAUAAAAUUGUACUCCUGUGGGAACACACUGGGUAUAUUCUCUGUCUUACCAGGAUUUCCUGUUUUUGUUAAAUGAGAUGUAUAGUAGUUAGUUUUACUAAAUUGGCAAAUGCUUGUGCUAUUUCACUGAAAUCUAGUCUUCAAAAUAAACCACUGUGAAGAUCAGA